AUGUCACAAUCGUGUCUGAAGAAGGACUUCAUUUCGGUCUUUUACAGCGGAGGAAGCAAACCUCUGAACGACUGGAGAGCGAGCGCUCUGCAGACAGGACACGGCAAAAUUAUCACAGACCAGCAAAUCAGGGGCUUCGUCCUGGAGCUGAUCAGCACAAAUGUCUCCACGGCCUUCAUCGAGACCCCAAAACAUCCGGAAGAGUCAUUAAAUAUUGAUUGGCCCUUCGUGACGCUUCAAUUAAAGAAUCUCAAGCGAUUCUUUGCAUUCGAAAUUCAGAUCCUCGACGAUCAAGGCAUCAGAAGGAGGCUCAAUUUCGCCAACUACCAGAGCAGGUCCAAAGUCAGCAUGUUCUGUACGCAAAUGCCGCUCUUCCUUGCGCCCGGAUGGAAUCAAAUUCAACUCAAUCUCGCAGAGUACAUUCGUCGAGCAUACAGGACGAAUUACAUCCAGACAGUUGGCAUAAGAAUCCAUGCCAACACGCGAUUGAGAAGGAUCUUCUUCACGCAGAAACUCUUCCCGGACGAGAUAAAACCUUCAUGCUUUCGCCUCAAGAUCUUUACACCAAUGACAACCCUCCGUGAGAGAUUAAGGAAUUCUACAGAUGAUAAACCACAGAGACAGCUUCCGGCAAGUCCCAAAUCAACAACAUCAGCAAAUUCGAGAUAAAUUUGGAAGUAUUUUGAAGAAAUUGCAGAAAUAAAAUGUAAGAAAACAUGGCGUAAUUUCGGGAGUGAUGAAAUUCACACGUAAAUUGAUUGUUAUACAUUUCUGUACAAAUUACUUGCCGUCGUUACUGGAGAUUAUUAAUAUAGAUUCAU